AUGAUUAAUGUUUCAAUUCAAAAGGAGGAUGUAACUAUUAUCAAUGUAUACGCACCUGAUUACAGGGCACUAGUUUAUUUAAAAGAAAACAGGCACUCUGAGAAAGAAGAAUCGAGUCCCUUAAAUGACUUGCAGGCCUCUUCACAGACCGCUGCUGAAGUCAGUGAAAAAGAAGACCAGAGGAUGCAGUUGCCAGAUGCUGCAGAGUGUUUGUCAGAUACCAAUUUAAGCGUAUCUCUUCCUCAAGAACAGAAGCCACUAGAAGUUAAACCUGGACCUUUUGUGAGAAGUCGAUUUAAAAGACCGAAACCAAAUUUAGCAAGAGCAGCUUUAAAGAGAGAGACUAUAGAAGCAGGGAAAUGUGCACCUGGAAAGAAAUCAGAAGCUGAUAAAAUGGAGACUGUUGUAGUACAGCAGGGCAGUGAACAAGCUAAUACUCUCCCUUCCCAACAGGCUGUGGCUUCCCUCAUGCCAUCAAGAGGAAAAGAGGAAUCAGAUGAAAAAGAAAAGGAGGACACUGUGAUGCUGCCGUGUGCACAAACUGAAAAGGACCUGUUACCUUCAGGUUCUUGUGAACCUGAAGAGAAGUCUCAGUCAGCAGAAACCCAAGAAAAUGACGUGGCUCUUUCCAGUGGAACUCAGAAUAAAAAUGUCUUUAAACAAGAAAUGAAGGAAAGUAUUAUCCAAACUGUUCAACCAAUAAGGGGCCGACUUCAGAGACCCAGACCAAAUUUAAGAAAGGCUGGACAAAGAAAAAUAUAAAAAAGCGAAGCCAAAAGUGUAAUUCAGGAAGAAAGAGCAGUAUUACAAAAUGAUGAAGCUAAUGAGAAAUCCCUUACUGUGCAAAAUUCACAAAUUGGAACUGAAAUCGAAGUUGUGUCCUCCAAAGUUUCAGAAUGCAGAAUUUAUGAAACUCAAAGUCAUGAUGUGGUUCUUGUAGAAAACGUUCAUGUUAACAAAAUAAAUGUUUUAGAUGAAAAGAUGAGACAUGAAAAUAAGCCAUAUGUUCCUAGUCCUGCACAAUUGAUAACAGGGAAAUUCCAAAAGGCGAAGCCAAAUUUGGGAACAGCACAUGGUAAGAAAGAGGAACCAGAUAUAGAAAAAGGCACAGCAGAUCAGAGCGAGGCAAGCAAACCAGAAGAUAAUAUACUGCAGCCUGGAGAUUCUGACACUCAGCUCCUUCUAAAAGAAAAAGCUGAAUUUCUGAUGUCUCUGGAGGUUUCACCAAGAAAAGAUGGUGUAGGUGCUGAAGAGUCUGGUUUGGGUGAAAAAGAUGCUCAGUUAGAAGAAGUUGGACCAUCAGGAAAUGUCAAAGAGGAAACUGUAGGCGAUAAAUCUCAGCCUCCCAUUGUUGAGAAUCAGUGUAUCAGUAAACCAAGCUAUCCACAGCUGUUAAAAGAAUCAAGUUACUCUAAAAUUGCUUCAGAUCAAAUACCAACUAUCUCUUCUGCCUCUGAAUGUAAGAUGGGUCAUAAUAAAAGGAGAAUGCGUAGGAAAAUCAAGCCAAAUGUCACCAAAGGACGUGGAUCAAAAUGAAUUCGGGGUAAGACCUCAAAGAAGGAACCUAGAGCGUCCAGGGCCACACUGGUGACUCUUCGGGCUUCCCAGGAGGAAGAGGAGGAUGAUGCUGAAGAUUUUGAGUCUUAUUUUGAGGAAGAGACCUAUCAUCUUGCCCCAGAAGAAGUAAACAAAGCUCCAGUGUUUGUGCCUGUUGGUCUCAGAUCUCCUGAACCUGUUUCUGCUCAGAUUGAGGAAACAAUGGAAGAGCUUGAGAUUACUGUGAAUGUUCCAGACAUAGAAUGCAUAGCAGUUGUUGAAGAUCAGCUCUCAAACACAGAUGUGACUGCUCAGGAAACGAAACAAGAAGAAAAUUUGAAUGCAUCAUCAUUUGAAAUGACCACCAGUGUACAUACCCAAGAUGAACCAGGUACCAAUGAUGGAAGUGCUUAAGCAGCCAUAGCUUUACUUACAAUGGGGGACUUAGUAUUGCAGUCAGAGAUCAAUACUGAACAGGAUGAAGUAGGUGUAUGUGUACUUACUGAUGUUGAUUCAAAGAGUGAAAGCCAUAUUCCUUUCAGCCCAGAUAAUGUAAAUUUCAAAAUUGUUCAUGAGUGUCAGGAGCUUUCUUCACCUGUCAUCAAUACAACUCCUGAAUCAUUUGAAGAAAACAAGAUUGUAUUGGAGGAACAAAGCACUAGAGAAGAAAUUGGUUUAGUGGAAAAAGUAAAGGAGAAUACGACACCAGCCAGCAAUACAGCAUCUAAAGUCACCAGUAAUUUGAGAAUGAGAAGAAGAUUUGUCAAACCUAAACCCAACCUUGGGAAAGUUUUACGGACCAGCAGACUUCAUGUUCUUGAGGAAGUUCCCAGUUUGUGUGUAACCCAAGAGGAAAAAGCAGAGAUUCCAAGAGAAACAGAGGAAAAUGCUCCCAGAGCAACAGAAGUGGAAGAUAAAGGCUUUGGACCAGUUACAGCAGCAGAGAAUGAGGAGCAGGGCAGAUUGGAGUGCAUACAUGGUGCCAGUGAGACGAGUAUUUCACAAGAAGCAAGCUUAACUCAAAGAGAUAAAGAGGAAGAAGAGGGCUCGGAAACCGUGCUGAUGCCGUCAGCUGCUCUGCUUGUUCCCCCAGAGCCAGCGGCCUGCACACUCGCUCUCGGUGAGAGCUCUGUUGACGAGCCCCUGAGACAGGAGUCUGAGGGAGGCAGUGUGCUCGCCCUUCACGUGCCGCAGUGUAUACCAACUAGUAUUCCAGAAGUCCAACAAGAGAAUGUACUCAAUCCUCAAGAUUUAACAGUCAUCCAUGAAGAAGGGGAAGACGUACAAGCAUUCAUUCUAACUCUGGUGGAAAUCCCAACUAACACAGCUGAAGAAUUUACUGACGCCACUGCCCAAUUAAUGCCUGCCCCUUUGUUGCCAGCCCCCAUAUUGGUAAAGUCAGUGAACACUGAAGAAAAAGGUGAUAAGAGUGUAAAUUUACCAGUAACAUCAUUUAUUAAAGAUGACAUGUAUUUAUCAGAUUUUGGAAGAGAUGAUUCUAAAAAGCCUCCUGCUAAUUUGGAUCUUAUAUCUAAGAAAAGAUUUCAUUGCAGCCUUGAUGAGAGUGACCAGGUUCCUCCUGCCAAAAAGAGUUCACUCGCAUCAGGAGAUGAUUGUCAAGAAUACACCUCUGAGGUAUGUUCAAAGGAAUUAAUAAAUGUUUUUGAGGAAGCAGGGAAGUCUUACAAGGGUCAAGAUAUUUCUCCUACCAUAGGAAGCACGCUGAGUCCAGAACCUCAAAAGGAGCACCUCGAAUCAACUCUGCGAAGUAUAGGAUCUGAAACUCUUGAUGACAUUGGCCAUACACUUGGAGAGAAAAGUGUGCCUCAGUUACCUCAGGUUGAGACAACAGUGUCUGAUAGGGAAGGAAGGACUGAUGCUGCCUCUACAUCUCAGCAGAUGGAGAGCAGGGCCCCCGCCACAAAACCGCCACUGUCCAGACCUGGCAGAAGACCCCUGGGAUUUUUAUCUUUAAUAUGUUCAAAAGAUAGUCUGGAGUCUGAUGAACCCACUCAGGUCCAUAGAAAGAAGUGCCUAAAACCUCUUAUACCUGUAUCAAGACAGAAUUUGAAAAGGUCUACCCCACUCAAUGAAGGCCAGAAAAAAAAUCCGGAGUCCUCUGAUGCCCUUCCAUCUCCAGGUGUUGUUGCUAAUACUCAGUCUGAGGAUGUUGGCGAUUCAGCAGCUCAGGACUCUCGUGAUCAACCCUUAUUGACAGAAGAGUGUAAAAGUGGCCAGAAGCAGGUACCUGUGGAAGAGCCAACCUCAGUCUCUGAGUAUUUCUUCAAUGAUAUCUUCAUUGAAGUGGAUGAAAUAGAAUAAGACAUUCUUAGGUUUUUUAUCUUUUUAAUUUCUGGACUCAAUUACAUCAACAAAGCAGUAUUUUGCAAAAAAGGAAAGGGAAAAAAAUCACUGUCUUUUUUCUUUAGAUUGAUUUUGAAUAUUUAAGGAGCUUGAAGCUUGAUUGGAAGCUUUUGUAAUCAGUGGAAAAGAUUGCUUGAGGUUCCUUCCUUCUGAUUGAUUCAGCAUUUUGGAAGUACCAAGCGAUUAGGACCUGCUUUCUCAGACAGCAAUGCAACUCUUGCUUACAUUCUGACUCUUCCUGUGCAGAGCACACAUGGACAUUGGGAAUGUCAUGGAUAAAUAUCUCUGUACAAAUCACAGAGCCGACGUCUUUGGAGGUUGAUUGUCUUUAACAUUUUGUGAACUUCUUUUUGGAAGGUUUUU